AUGGUUCUCAAACUUCAGCUUCGAGAUAUUUUUCAAGCUGAUCUCGAUAAGCUAUUUUGCUAUGAGACACCAGUCAUGGCACUCAUUAAAGAUCGAUAUUUAGGACUUAUAAAAAUCCUUAUCAACCUUGGAAUCCUUCUUUACUUCAUAGUCUACGUUAUCGUCAUCAUGGCAGCUUACAUAGACAACGAAUACUCAACUGGCCAAGCUAUCAUCUAUGCUUCAGGAACUGCAGUAACCCUUACAAACAGCACAGUCAGGGUUUGAGACUCUGUUGACAUUGCUUAUCCUCAAUAUGACCCGUCUCAAAUUGUUAUUUCCACGAAGGUCAGAGAGAGAAUAAGAGAAGUAAUAGGAACUUGCACUGAUUACAAUAGACAAUGCGACUCCAACUCAGACUGCAUGGAAACAGGAAACUGCACUUCAGAAGGCUUUUGUUAUGAGCCGACAUGGUGUUCUGAAUAUAACUAUACAGAUUAUGAGCUUGAUGGGGUUGAAAAUUUUUUAAUUUGGUUUCAAGGAAAUGUGGAUUUUAUAAGACUUGCUCCGGGAUAUGAAUUUUCUACAUUUGAUGAAACAGAUCCCAUUGUAUAUCCAAACAGUGGGUCUAAUUCUUAUCUUGUCAGUGACAUUCUUGAAAAAGCUGAUACCAAAUAUGAAGAUAUUAAGGAUACUGGAGCUGUGAUUAAGGUAAAGUUACAUUGGGAGUGUGAUGCGACAUGGAGUCCCAGUUGUGACCCAGAUGUAACAGCAGAAAGGGUGGAUAAUGUCACUGGAGGAGAAGCUAUUGGGUUUUAUUAUAGUCGCUACAUCUACUAUGAAGAAGAAGGAGUUAAAUAUCGAGACCACUGAAAUAGUACAGGCAUUAAAUUCGUGCUUUUAAGUACAGGAAAAGCUUAUGCAUUGACACUAAACUCGAUUAUUCUAAACUUAAGCUCAGCUGUUACUUUGACGACGAUUACACCAAGAAUCGUCGAUUUUUUGAUGCUUUAUGUGAUGCCUAACAGGCACGAGUACAGAAAGCUUAAAUUUAAAAGAACCAAAGAUCUGGACGAUGAAGCUGCAAAGCCAGGAGCUAAUCAAAACCAGCCUGCUGAAGAAGAGAAAAAAGAUGAAGACCACCAUUUCGCAGAGGGGCCGCCUUAA